GCACUGCGUCACCGUCCCUCGCUCCCUCGGGGCUUUCAAUAAAAGCAGCAGAGGAAACAGGAGGCCGGGGAGAGGAGAAAGGAGGAGUGUUCUCGGCCAGGGCUCGGCAGUCCGGCACGGAGUCAGCUGACUCUCCCCGGCGGAGGAGGGAGGCAGCGGAGAGGGGAAGGAGGGGGGGGAGAGAGAUGGUCCCCGGCGCUCCGGACUAGGCCAUGCGGGCCGGCGCGCGUGGCCGGCGGUGCGGGCUGCCCCGGGCGGGACUGCUGUCGAUUCCGCCGCUCCUCCUCGCUCUCCUCGUCGGGCUCCUCUUGUUGAAGGUGUUGGGGGAGGUGGAGGAGGACGGCGGCGGCGUCGCCUUCUCCGUGAUCAGUAUCGAGCCGAAGAGGAGCCCGCACGGCGAUGGAGCCCCGUCCAGAAGGCCGGAAGAGGAGGAAGAGGAGGACAGCAGGUACGAGGAUGAAAACGAGAUGCCCGCACAGCAGAUAGGGACCAGGGGGCUGGAGGUGCAAGCGUGGGCAGCAGGCGAGCCCUCCUUCACAGCAGAGCUCGAUCGAAUCAUUGCCUAUAUCACCAGGCCCCAGGUGAACUGCUCCAGGGUGCUGACUCCAGGCGAGUCCCAGGCGUCGCAGGCCUCCGGACAUAAACUCCCCUGGCUGCUGUGUGCCGAGGAGUGGCUCCUUCCGGCUGGGAAUUCGCCAUGUGUUGCAUAUUCCUUCAGUAUGGAUGGGGGAGAUGCAGACUUCCUACAGACUGUGUUAGGACUGGGAUGUGAAGUCCACAGAUUUGAUCCCAGCAAUAUGAAUGCAUCUGGUGGUCACCAUGGCAACAGUUUGGCUGGUAGCCGUGGUGACGGAGGCGUGGUCAGUCAUCACAGGAUGUGGCUGGAGUGGCGAGCUCUGAGGAAACAGAAGCACAAGAGGAAAGGCAGCUUGGGUAGUGUCUCUCAGACACUGGCAGACAUCAUGGAGACUCUGGGGCAUCGCACAGUGCACUUCCUGUAUGCUGACCUGGUCAGCGCUGAGUGGCGCGUUUUUCAGAACUGGAUGGAGCACGGAACUGUUCAAACUGUCCAUCAUCUAGUUGCCACAAUGCACCUGAAAUGGGCAGGGUUUGAAGUGGGCGGGACUGAGGAGGAAGUGAUACGCUAUUGGUUCAGCAUUCUACAGGGACUAAGAGCUUGUGGAUUUCAACUCGUCUAUAGCUGUCCAGGAGAAGGACACAGUGUCCUUAAAAGGAUGGUAGCUAAUGUUCACAGCGCCUACACACUUAGCUGGGUCAACAUGAGACACUAGGGCUCACAGGAAUGUUGACACACAAAUGCUCUGUCAUGCAGACAUUGUGGAUAGCCUCAUGGGGAAAAAAAGACAAUCUCGCACUGAUCAUUUUACAGUUCUGAGAGGACUUUAUCUGAAAGCACACUCUUUCUUUCCACUGAUACCAGCAGGGAGUUCAUGAAAAUUAGGCGAAGUUUAAGUAAAAGGCCACUUUAUACCCCACCUCACGCAAAAGUGCACACAAAUAAACAUACUGCAGGAGGACGUAAUGAGGGACAGGGAAAAGUGCAAGAGGCAUCAGCUCCAUUUGGACCUUAUCUUUUCACAUGCGUGCACGUGCUGCACAUUAAGUAAAUUAUCCAGUAUGCGCAGCGUAUGUCAGAAGUCACGUUAAUGAGUCGUGCCGCCAUCUAGCGGACAACAAGGACUCUGCAGGGUUUUUUUUUUUGCUCCACCUCUACUGUGUCCAAUAUGACCAAAUACGGAGGUGAAUACUCAGUCUACACAUUCAAUACAGCUUUUACGGGGACACGACAAGAGAAUGUUUUUUUGCCAGAUGUUGAAAAUAUGUUUUUAUUCCUGCCAUCAGCAAUAACCGUCAAUUAAGGUUUUAAUUAUAUGAACUUUGCUUGGACACCGAUUGCACCCUGACUAGCCCGAAUCUGCAAAACACCUUUACAGAUUAAAUAGAUAAUAAUAAAAAGUUCCACCCAUUGUUUUUAAUGAUAUUAGUGGGGUGACAGUAAAGAAUGAUUAGUCGUUUUCGUCCCUUUAACCAAAACCCUUAGCUUAAUUAUAACAGGUUGACGUUUUAAGGCAGCAAUGUAACUUGCCGUUUUAAUUAAAAGUGCCUUAUAAUUUUACAGCGAAUGGCCACUGUUUAACCGUGCCCCGAUUUGCCCAAAUCUGUAAACUUCCUUACAGCUGAAACACAAGAAAACAUUCCCUUCCCCCAUUUUACUUUUUGUUUUCCUUAUGUUUUACUAUUUUACAGUGUGUGUGCUGAUUCCGCCUGCUCACAUUGUGUUAAACCGUUAAAUGUUAUUUCUCUUUUGUCGGGUGAUCAAAUUUCAUUGCUUGUGUGCACUGGUGCACGAUCUGUGGAUUAGUCUGUGAGGCUGCUGUGUUUCUUUGCAGUUUAUCCAACGAUUUUACGUGCAAUAAAAUGGUUUAGUC